AUGGCUAUGAAAUGCUCCGGCGGCACGGGCUGCUGCCGCGCAGACAUCGUCAUCAACAGAUUCGACGAAUACAACAGCAGCACGUCCGGGUCCGGCUAUGGCGUGCAGCUCAGAUGGUUGGGCAGGAACCGCAGCGCGGACCUGGAGCUACUCCCCGUGCAUGCGGUUAUAGCGGAGCAGGGGUGGUUCGAGAACAGGCUCAUCUCACACCAUCUUAGCAGAGGCUGGCACCCGUCGACAAUGGCCGCAGUUCCCAUUUGGCUGACGUGGGAAAUUGUUGGCCAUGCUGCCGCACAACCCGGCCUCUGCAAGAGCAACCACAACGAACGCUUUAAGAUUAUAAGAAGUGGAGGCUAUAACUGCCAGUGCAAUUGGGGUUACGACGGUAACCCAUACCUCCCCGACGGGUGCAAAGCACCCGCCGGUGUGGUCACCACUGGCAGUUGCGUCUUCCAGCAUCUUCCACCGAUGGUUUCAUCAUCUGAGCACCAUGAAUCCAGUAUCUGCACUCCACGGUUGCAGCACCCCUUGCCCUGCGUGAUCGCCGUGCCCAGGGUGGGCGGCGCCAUGCCCGGCCGGUUGCAGCAUCGCUGGACACCUUCUCUAGCACUAGUGGACGCCCCCGUCUCCAGCACCUGCUCCGCCACGCCGCCCCAAGGCCGCCGCCACACAGCAGUUAGCAGUGCCGCCCCCGAGCAUGGAGAAGGUCGUCGAAGCCGUGAGCAUGGAGAAGAUUACAACGAGUGCACGCGGUGGUCACAGGAAGAAAAUAGUUGCUAUGGUGAAUGUAGAAACACGGAAGGAUCCUUCAUGUGCCGGUGCCCGCCAGGAACCACCGGCAACUACUCCAUAUUCGGUGGGUGCGUUAACGCUUCUGCGACCGUUACAGGUACUUGUGCCACAUGGUGCGGGGACGUGGAGGUGCCGUACCCGUUCGGCAUUGGCCCAUCCGAGUGCUACUGGCCAGGGUUCAACCUCACAUGCAACAGAGACCAUGACCCUCCACUGCUGCUCCUGGGCAACCCCGACCUCCGAGUCGUCAAUAUCUCCCUUGCCAACUCCACGGUGCGCAUUGUCCGAACCAACGCCCUCAUAAGACGUGGCGACAAUUCAACGUCGGCAACGCCUUGGUACUGGCCCUUGAUCGGUAACCCAUUUCUUUUCUACGGAGAGGAACCUUACUCCUUGUCCACCAGCAACGAGCUCGUGGUCACGGGGUGCAACACGCAGGCGAUGCUAUUUGGGCACGGUGACCCAGCCAUCAUCAGCGGAUGCGCCUCCUUCUGCUCCCACAACGACACCCACAUCACCUUUGGUAGCGGCAAAUACUGCUACGGCAUGGGGUGCUGCCAGGCGCGUAUCACCGAAUCCAUUGAUGGAAUGCCCAAGGAGCUGCUUUUCAAAUGGUUGGACGCCUACGUCGCUGAAGACUUGAUACCAUUGCCAGCCUUCGUGUUUAUCGCAGAGGAAGGAUGGUUUGACCAGAAGAGUGUCGCCGGCAAACUGAUGCGGAAAGAUCGGGAACUGACUUCGGCAGCUGCUAUGGAGGUUCCCAUUCUUCUUAGGUGGGAAGUCCUGCAUAAUGGCUUAUCACCCAAAGUGAGCUCACGUCCGGACUGCGACCUCUGCAAGAGCAAGCACAGCCAGUGCAAACUUGGGAACAGAGGCUAUACCUGCCACUGCAACGACGACGACGGAGGCAACCCAUACGUCCCCAACGGAUGCAAAGGUGGCCGUGCCAAAUUCAUCAAAGGUUCCAGCAUCAUUAUCGGAGUUGGUAGUGGGGCAGGCCUCAUACUUCUGGUCCUCCUUGCAUACUUUAUUUCCUACAAACUGAAGCAUCAAAGGGCACAAAUGUUGAAACAGAGAGAGGAUGAUCAUAACAUUGAAGAGCUAGAGAAGGCAACAAACAAUUUUGAUAAAGCUCGUGAACUCGGUGGUGGCGGGCAUGGUACUGUAUAUGAAGGGAUUUUGUCAGACCUCCAUGUUGUAGCCAUCAAGAAACCAAAGAUGGUUGUUCGAAGGGAGAUUGACGAAUUUAUUAAUGAGGUUGCUAUCCUAUCACAAAUCAACCAUAGGAAUGUAGUAAAACUAUAUGGUUGUUGCCUUGAAACAGAAGUGCCAUUGUUGGUCUAUGAGUUCAUAUCCAAUGGAACACUCUAUGAUCAUCUUCAUGUCCAAGGACCAAGAUCACUAUCAUGGGAUGAUAGGCUACGGAUAGCAACAGAAACUGCAAAAUCUCUUGCCCAUCUUCACUCAACGGCUUUAGUACCUAUCAUCCAUAGAGAUGUCAAGCCUGCUAACAUCCUUUUGGAUGAUACUCUAACAGCAAAGGUAGCGGAUUUUGGAGCUUCAAGGUACAUUCCAUUGGACAGAUCAGGUCUAACAACAAAUGUGCAAGGUACACUAGGAUAUCUGGACCCGAUGUACAUGCACACAUGGCGCCUCACGGAGAAGAGUGAUGUUUAUAGCUUUGGUGUUAUGCUUAUAGAGUUGAUGACUAGAAAGAAGCCAUUUACCUAUAUGGCUCCCGAAGGCAAUGGUCUUGUGGCACAUUUUGCUAUCUUAUUUGCCGGAGGUAAUUUGUCAGAGAUAUUAGAUCCACAACUUCUGAGCGAGGGUGGCGACAGAAUUGAUGAAAUCGCUGCAAUUGCGGUAGCAUGUGUAAAAUUAAGAGGCGAGGAAAGGCCAACCAUGAGACAGGUGGAAUUGCGGUUGGAAGUUGCUCAAUCCCCUAAGGAAUUCGAGGCGGAUGGUGAUAUUGCAGCAAAUUCUCAGUUAGCAUGUGGACCGGGAUUGACUAGCAGGCAGUAUAGUAUGGAAGAAGAAUAUGUGUUGUCUGCAAGAUAUCCACGGUAG